AUGACCGCACAAGGAAAGCACGCCCUCAUCUUCGGCGCCUCCGGUAUCUCGGGCUGGUCCUUAAUGAAGCAAUGCCUCUCCUACCCAACCCCUUCGACCUUCGCCCAUAUCACAGGGCUCUGCAAUCGGCCCGCUGACAAACAGAGCUUGAUGCUCCCCGACGACCCCCGCCUCAACAUCGUCUCGGGUAUCGACCUGACCGCGCCCCACGAAAGAGUCGUAUCAGAACUCAAGAAGAAAGUACCCAGUGUUGAAGAGGUGGAUAUUGUUUUCUUCUGUGCAUACAUUCAAACGAACGACCACGCCUCCCUUCGCGAAGUCAAUACUGCACUCCUGAAAACUGCCGUGCAAGCUAUAACCACUGCCUCCAAGAAAGUGUCGACUAUAAUCCUCCAAACAGGCGGAAAGGGGUACGGUCUCGAAUUCCCGGAUAACGUCCCCAUAAAGACUCCGCUCCACGAAGAUCUCCCCCGAAUUCCAGAGCCGUAUCGGAGUAAGAUCUUCUACUAUGACCAGUAUGAUCUGCUCGACAAAAUGACCCAGGAGGCCGGAUGUACCUGGACGUUCUCGGACAUCCGCCCCGAUGGAAUCGUGGGGUUUGCGCCGGGGAGUAACGCGAUGAAUAUGGCGCAUGGGAUUGCAUUUUACCUUUCGAUAUACAGGGAGGUGUUUGGGGAGGGUACGAAGGUUCCAUUCCCUGGAAACAAGCGUGGGUAUUAUUCAAAGCACUCAGAUACGUUUCAGGAUCUAUUAAGUAAGAUGGAGAUAUAUGCCGCGGUGAACCGCGAUAAGUGUGGAAAUGGGAGUGUGUUCAAUGUUGCGGAUGGGGAGGCUGUUACCUGGGCGGGUGUUUGGCCGGGGAUCUGCGAGUAUUUUGGUCUUAUGGGUGUUGAGCCUGAGGAAGUGAAGGAAAAGAAGGAAAGUAUGGAGGAGUUUGUGCAAGGGCAUAUGAAAGAGUGGCAAAGGCUCGUUGAGAAGUAUGGAUUGAAGGAGGGAACAGUGGAGAAGCAGAAUUGGGGGCAUACGCAUUUUAUGUUGGUUGAUUUUGAUUUCGACCGUGAAUAUUCGCUGGAGAAGGCGAGGGGAGUCGGGUUUGAAGAGAGAAUUGAUACGGUGCAGGGGUACAAGAUUGUGUUUGAUAGGAUGGCCGAGGCGCAGUUGAUUCCGAAGAUUUAG